ACAACUGGGACCCAUCUGCCAAUCUCAGCGGAGGCCCGGCUACAAGGAGCACCAGGCACGGCCCCUCCCCCGCUGCCCCGGUGGUGGCCGGCGGCCCCCCGGCUGCCAGCCUUCAGGCUGGAGUCCCUGAAGCGCUGGACAGAGGCUCGGGGCCUGUGGUGCGAGAAGGGCAUCCAGGUGCUGCUGACCACGGUGGGUGCCUUCGCUGCCUUUGGCCUCAUGACCAUCGCCAUCAGCACGGACUACUGGCUCUACACCAGGGCCUUCAUCUGUAACACCACCAACCUGACCGCCUCGGCCUCCGAGGACCCCCCCGCGAGAGGGCCUGGCGGGGCGGCCGAGAAGAGGGACCCCGGGGGGCUCACCCACUCGGGCCUCUGGAGGAUCUGCUGCCUGGAAGGGCUGAAGCGGGGUGUCUGUGUGAAGAUUAAUCAUUUCCCAGAAGAUACAGAUUACGACCAUGACAGUGCAGAGUAUCUACUCCGUGUGGUCCGAGCCUCCAGCAUCUUCCCCAUUCUCAGCGCCAUCCUUCUGCUGCUCGGGGGUGUGUGUGUGGCUGCCUCUCGAGUCUACAAGUCCAAACGGAACAUCAUCCUGGGGGCUGGCAUCCUGUUUGUAGCCGCUGGCCUCAGCAACAUCAUCGGCGUGAUCGUGUACAUCUCAGCGAACGCUGGCGAGCCGGGCCCGAAGCGCGACGACGAGAAGAAGAGCCACUACUCGUACGGCUGGUCCUUCUACUUCGGGGGCCUCUCCUUCAUCCUGGCCGAGAUGAUCGGCGUGCUUGCCGUCAACAUCUACAUUGAGCGCAACCGCGAAGCCCACUGCCAGUCCCGCGCCGACCUGCUCAAGCCCGGCGGCCGAGCCGGAAGCGGUGGCGGGGGUGGUGGCGGUGGCGGCGGCGGGGGGCCCCCGUCGGCCAUCCUCCGGCUGCCCAGCUACCGCUUCCGCUACCGCCGC